AAUAUUCAAAAUGUCGUAAAGAGAUGUCUCCACGAACAAGAUAUAGCUGAGGAAAACAAGACACAAUAUCUCAGAUACAUACAGCAGAUACUGAGCCAGUCGUGCGCGAUAACUUACCUUCGACAAUCAGGGUUCCUUUCAAUCACGACUUCAUGCUGAGACGAUCUACACAUCACACAAGCCUCAUCGUGCUGUGCACUCAGCCCAGACGUAGUGUCGCUCUCAGCAAAGACCCAGCCAGAAUCGAAGAGGAAGCCCAACCUGCCUCAAAACGGCAGACCUCAAGCCCGCUCUAUGCCAACAUAUCCCUCCUAAAGCCAGCUCACAGCGUCGAAGUCCCCAAACCAAAUCUCGACAUCUCUUCAAAUCACAUGGAACAGAGACGUGCAGUUGGCGCAUCUGACUGGCGAACCCCGCUAUGCUACCCAUCCGCAGCAUCCUCCUCGUGGCGCAGGAGUAAGAAAUCGUUGACAACAUCGUCGAUCCUCCACAAUCACGUCCGCUCUAUCAACCGGGCCGAGACCGGCAGACUGCAACCAGCCCUACAGAGCUCCCCUCUCGAAACCCGCAAAACGCAUCUCGAUCCAGCACAAAUCGUGGGCCAGGCAAGGCAAGAAAUGCAACUGCCCUGGUUCCAGCAAGGCGUACGGUGCAUCCCCGAGGGCCAAGUCGACAUCUUCACCAGACCGCCCCUUACAGCCUUACUGUUACCCCCUCCAUGUGUCUCAGAGCACCGCUUCACUUGAAGAAAAAGACCGUUUUUGAUAUUCACCGCGUACAGAACGGGAGGGGUAGAAGGACAUGGGCACAGAUCGACUUAGUGCCCCUGAUGGGCCCUCUCUGGCGUCCCUGAUGAUCGGACAUACUAGGACGACCCAAUGCUAUGUUUGGCAACCGAGUGUGUCUCGCCUUGUCCUUGUCCUAUAUGGCGUGCAUCGGAAGAUGGGAAAGUAGUGUGUACACACGGUCUCUCGAC